AUGCGCGCAUUGCAAAAGGAGACGGCAGAGAAGGAAGUCAGCAGCAUCCAGGACGAGGUGCGGCAGUUCGAGCAGCAGCUUGCGAACGCGCGCGAGCGGCUGGCCAAUAAGCAGGAGCAACUCAGCAUUGCCAAGUCGCGCGAGCAGGAGCUCAAGGCGCAGGGCGUCGGAGACCCCUCCCAGGGCUUCUUGGAGGCGAUGCAGAAGCGGUACGAGAAGGCAGUCGACGGCAGCGGCGUCUCCCCUGUCGAGUGCCAGCAGCUAUUCGCCCAGCUCGGCAAGGUCAUGGCCAACGCGAAGGAGGACCUGGGAGCAGGGGUGGCGGAGUCAAGCCCGAACCAGAAUACGAUGGACCCAAGCUUACUCAAGAUGAACAGGAUUGGCUCAAGCAAGGUGGAGCGCCUGAAGGGGCCAGCGAUGAGUAAAAUAAGCGGUGGAUCGAAAUCUGCACCAGCCUGGCCGAGCGCUCGGUCAAGCGGCAGAGGCGUUCCUAACACUGCUCACAACCAGAAGAAGUACGACAAGCUCACGGCCUGGACUUUCAACGGUUCGGGCUGGGGCACGAUCGAGGAGAAACUCGGUGAGAAGGUGCAUGGGGCCUCGCAGUGCUACGCAGUGCAGGAGCAUCACCUCGCGGACGACAAGUGGCCUGUGGUGACGCAGGCGAUGAAGGCGCAGGGUUACCGAGUGGGCGGUGCCGCAGCUGCGUCGACUGCGGGGGCAGCAGGCGAGGCGGGCUCGUCAGCUGGAGUAGCAGUGGCGGCACCGAGGCAAAGGCGCGGUGGCGUGGCCAUAGCAUCAAUGUACUUGUGGACGGCAGGGGGCAUGUCAUAUCGGAACAGGGAGUUGGUGUCGCACGUCGCGGGGCAGCUGGAGACCUUGGGGGCGCCGUGGAUCAUAGGGGGGGACUUCCGGGUGAAGCCAGAUAUUCUCGCUGAGGUGGGGUCGCUGAAGAUUGCCAAGGCGUGCGUCAUAGCGCCGAAUGCGGCUUGCGGGGCGCGCGGGCAUGCUCACGGCACCAGCGAGAUCGAUUACUUCAUCGCGCCCGGCUCGGUGAAGGCGCAGGUCGAGGGCGCGCGAGCGCAGGGGGAGUGGCCAUUUGCGCCACACGAACCCGCAUGCAUCACUAUCAAGCUGAAGGUGGUGGAGCGAAGAGCACGGGCAUUGGAGAAGCCGAAGCCCGUGCCAGAGCUGCAGAUCGGCUGUGCGCCAGCGCCGCCGAGCCACCAGCAGGUUGGGCCGUUCGACGCGCAGGGGGAUGCGGACCAGGAGUGGGCCAGGUGCAUGCGCAAGCUAGAGCAGGAGGCUUUCGCAAUCAGCGGCACGGUGCGGGACGAGGAGGGCCCGCGCGCUGGGCGCUCAGAGAUCCCGACGUGGAAGAUCAAGCCCCUCACACUUGGAGGGGGCAACCUUCCAGAGGCAGCUGGGCAAGCGAUAUGGUGGAGGUGGUUGUCCAGGUCCUUGCGAAACUUGAAGGGCGCUCGCGCGAAGCUGCGCGCGACGACGGAGCACUGGGGCAAGCGCGCGGGGGGCCAAGGGGCAGCGCGGAGAGACAAGUUGCAGGAGCUAUGCCAGGAGGCGGCCGCCAGGUCAGAGGAGACGGACCAGCGGCUCGCCAAGGAAAGGGGGGCGAAGCGGGCAGAGAAGCUCGAGGCGGCGGCGGCGGGUUCGGCGGGGGGCCUGCGCGAGCUGAGCAAACCAGCGGCGGUUUGGCGACCGAGGCGCGCAGACUCCAUGGCGGAGUCAGCGGACCCCUUGGAAGCGGCGGAGCUUGCACUGAAGAAGUGGAAGGCAGUGUGGCGCACGGACGAUCCGAUGCAGCAGCAGGGGGCGUCGGACGGGGCGCGCGAGACGCUGCUGGCCAUAUUGCGAGAGGUGGAGAAGACGCUGGCGCGGCGAGUAGACAUGGGAACAGUGCUGUUUUGCAUGGCCCCCAAAACGUUCACCACGGACAGGGCGACAGGGCUGCUGCCAACCACCAUCAGGAUAUGGGGGAUCAUGCGGGAGCCGUACAUGCAGCGCUGGGUGAAGGCAGCGGAGGAUGCAGCCUGGGGCGCAUUGCUCAGCCAUGAGAUGGACGACCCAGACGUGCAAGAUGAGUGCACGGAGGCGGCGAUCACGGCCAUCCUCGACUUGGCCACGGCGCUCGAGCGGGUUAGCCUCUUCGUGCUCCGGGAGGCUGGCAGAAGGCUCAUGGCGUCGGAGCCGGUGUCGAGCGAGGCGAGCACGGUGACGACCAUCAUUGCAGGCAGCAAGCUCUCGGUCAGCUUCCUCAAGAUGGUCAUCCAGUCGACGUCUGGCGGUCUGGUGGUCGAGAGGAGGCAGCAGCAACGCAUAGUGGAGGAGUUCAUGGAGACCUUGCACGCGUGCUUCGAGGGCUUCGACAAGCUGGGCCUCGAGUUCUCGGUAGGAGGACGUGGAGCUAAGAGUCCCACGCUGCAGCUGGCGGCGGCGCAGGAGGAGCCCACCUUCGAGGUCACGGAGGCGCCCAUAGUGCAGUGGGCACGUGCAGUCUGGCACGCAGAGCAGAGGCCCAGUAUCUACACGGACAGCGAGGUGCAACAUCUUGGGCUAAGCUCAGGAGCGGUCAUCAUGUCAUUGAAGAGGGCGGACUGGGCGUGGCCAGCCUGGCGCAGCAUGCGCACGAAGGAGGGGCAUGUCUUGAACCUGAGGGAGGUGUGCCCCAUGGACGUGGCGGCGAUGAUGCGAAGAGAUAUCCAGACCAAGCUUUGUGAAGAAUGGACGAAGGCGCCCGAGUACAGCAGCCUCGAGCCGGCGCCGUGCAUCGCGCCCUCGGCGUCGCAGUUCAAGGCGAAGGGCUUCUCCAAGCACGCGAAGAGCGCUGCGAAGAAGGUGUUCAUCGGUGGCAGCUGGACGAUGAGCAAGCUCUGCGAGAGCGACAUCGCGCCGACUGACAUCUGCUCGGGCUGCGGGAACGCGGUGGGCACACCGCGCCACAGGCUGUGCAAGUGUGAGGCGUUGAGGCAGCAGAGGCUCGAGGCGCAGGCGGACUGGCAGCGCGUGGCGGAGCAGCAGGAUCAGUGCCAAGGGGCAGCGUUUGAGGGUGACGAUGAUACAUUCACGGGCGACAUCGCGUGCGACGGACCCAAGCUGGGCUACGCCGAGCGGGCGCAGACAGGCUGGGCAGCGAUGUCGAUCAACGAAGACGGGAAGCCAAAGGUGCAGUUGUGGGGGCCGCAGCCGUGCACCCUACCAGUCCGGUGGGGGGCGAAGCGUGCGGAGACGCGGGCCUUCCUGAAGGCGCUGGAGAACGCGUUGCCGCCCUUCAGGAUCUACGCGGACCACGCGGGCACCAUCGACGGCCUGAAGACAGGCGAGCGGCGGUGCACGAGCUGGAAGAGGCCGCAUGCAGACUUGCGGCGCAGAAUCUGGCGCAAAGUGAAGGACGCGGACUUAGACGUGAGCACGGUUUUCCAUGUUGAGGCCCACAGGGCCAGGGCCAGGAUAGCGCAGUUACAGGGGGGCGAGCUCAAGAUCGCGAAGGGCAACGGCGAGGUAGACCUGCUUGCGAAGGCAGGGGCUGGGCUGGACGCGAACUUCGGCAAGCAGCAGGCGCUGGGGGAGCUGGGCGCGAGGGCGCGCUGGGCGGCGCAGAACAUCGGAUGGCGGUGCCAGAAGAUGAACGGCGAAUG